AUGAUCGGUAUAGGGGUGAGUUUCAGGUGGAAGCCGCUGUUACACGUUUCACUUGCAUCGCCAGAGAGAUCGUGUAAGGUAUAUAAGUGCACAUCAUGUGAUAGGCUGGGACGAUACGUCCCUGUGAAGGUAAUUGGCGAUUGCUUCAUGGAGGACCCUGUAAUGCUAAGGCAUUGUUGUCUACCAAAGAAAUUCAUGGUCAAUGUCGUACAAAGAAUAAUUUUUGAAAAAAUGCAAGAAAUACGGAGAGACUCUAGAUAUGCAGAUGUUCGGGCCAGAAGAGUUUGGCAGGAUUUGUUGGAGGAGAUCCCUGAAAUGCCCCACAUUAGCGCGGAAGAGCUCCUUGAAAUCGUCGACGAAUAUCAUGCUGAGGGCUACGCAAGGCGUAGACGUACGAUCGCACGGACGACGGUCGAGAAAGCAGUCGAAAAUGGCCUUACGGCAAUAGUCGCCGAUGGAGUUCAUAAGUUACCACCCGAUGUUUUGGGGGAGAAUGCUCAACUAUAUACUCUACAUGCAACUUCCAGUUCCACGCAGUCAUCCUGCUUUUUCAAAGUGUGCCAGCUUCUUGCCAGCUUCUUCUUCUAUCUGAAAGAUAAAUGGUAUUGCGGCCCGUUCAAGUCCCUGUGGCAGAAAUGGGACAAACGCGAUCUCCGAACGUCGAAUAUUGCGGAGUCAUAUCAUAGAGUUCUUCGCGUACUGAUUCCGGAGCGACACGCCUCGGUUCGUAGAACAUUAACUUGCAUACGCGGGGCCGAUGUCAGGGCCAUGGCAACAUUGCGCAACUUGGAGAGAGAGAGUUGGACUGACUUUGAGCUGAUAUAA